AUGAUUAUUCCAGUUCGUUGUUUCUCCUGUGGUAAGGUUGUUGGUGACAAAUGGGAAACUUAUCUUCAGUAUUUGGAAGACGGAAAGACAGAAUGCCAAGCACUGGACAAGUUAAAACUGAAAAGAUAUUGUUGCCGAAGAAUGGUUCUUACACAUGUGGAUCUCAUUGAGAAGUUCUUAAGAUACAAUUCUCUUGAUAAAAAUUAA